UAUAGCCCAUGUAUAGCCCCUUGCACAAUGCUAGGCAACAGGCAAUAAGAACAAAAAUAAUAUCUAUUAUCUGCUCUUAUUGGCGAAUAUUUUCUGUUCCGCGUAUUUAUUGAUGAAUAGUUUCUAUUCUUUAUUUCUAUUGUCUGUUGCCUAGCAUUGUGCAAAGGGCUUUAUCUCUUUGACCGCACCCAGUAAACAAACAGUAUUAUUUAAGUACAAUAUGGCGGAUAUAGCAGCAAAUCUAAAAUCGGUUUGCGAUAAAAUAUUAUAUGCUGCUACAAAAAGAACAUCGGAACAUCAGUAUUAUGAACCGCGACUAGUAGCCGUUAGCAAGUUGCAAUCCACGGAAUCUAUAUUAUCCGCUUAUAAAGCAGGCCAAAGACAUUUUGGUGAAAAUUAUGUAAAUGAAUUAGUGGAAAAGGCUUUAAAUCCACAGAUUCUUGAAAAAUGCAAAGAAAUUCAAUGGCAUUUCAUAGGCAAUUUACAAAGAAAUAAGGUCAACAAGAUUCUAAGUGUACCAAAUUUAUAUAUCAUAGAAAGUGUUGGUAAUGAGAAACUUGCAGAUUUGCUUAAUAAUUCAUGGCCAAAAUUUCGAAAGAGUGAUAAUUGCAAAUUGAAUGUUAUGGUACAAGUUAACACAAGCCAAGAAGAAGAGAAAAAUGGCUGUGAUAUUGUAGAAGUAUCGACUCUUGUAAAGCACAUUAUAAAUAACUGCCACAAUUUGAAAUUUAUGGGUCUUAUGACAAUAGGGAUGUUUGGAUAUGAUAUUACGAAUGGUCCAAAUCCAUAUUUUACCUGUUUGAUAAAAUGCAGAGAAAAGAUAAGUAAUGAAUUAGCGAUCGAUAUAAAGAAUAUCGAAUUAUCAAUGGGAAUGUCCAAUGACUACGAACAUGCGAUUGAACUUGGCAGUACAAAUGUAAGAGUAGGAACAGCUAUUUUUGGCAAUAGACCACAAAAGAAUACCUGAAGAAAAUGUGGAAAAAUUACAAUUUUCCUUUUUUUGUUUACAUUAAGGUAAAAUCAAAACAGUAUAUAAGAUAAAUGAUAAACUGAACUAUAUAUUAUAUGAUGUGUUUGAUGCAGUCAUGAAACUAUACAUUCUUAUAUAUAAUAUGUAUGUGUGUGUGUAUGUGUGCGUGAAUGUGUAUGUACAUAGAAGAAAAACAUGUAUGAAACAUUAAUAAAAGUAUAGUUAAAAUUAUAUUUUAACGUUAAAUUUUUAUCUAUUAUGAUACUUAAAUAUUAUAUAAAUAAUGUAUAUUUUUAAUAUUAAAAAUAUAUAUGUGUAAUUCCAUACAGGAAAAAUUAUCUAAGAAAUAUCUAAUAAAUCUCACUACUUAGUAGAUAUAGAUAUUCGAAUGAUAUAUACAAAUAAAA